AACGACCCUCUUAAUGUCCUUGAUACUGUCAUAGAAGAUAUCAACAGCAAAACUCGGGAACCCGUCAAAAGUGUGUACGACCUCGCAAUGACCAUAUCAAACCGCUGUAGUGGAGUGUUUGAUCGACAUCGGAUGGGGGACGAAGACUACCAGUUUCUCGAUAUGUUUGAAUCUUCCAUUGGCAAUGUGACGGAUAGGGAAACAGUUUUAUUCAGAGAAUUCAAUGCGGCAUCAGCGCAAGCCUCUGCGUGGCUACAGCAUCAUCGGCGUCCUAGUCGAUUUUCCAGGUACAUCGAACACGACGCCAUGGACCCCAAGGACAGGCAGAACGCAAAGGACAAGGAAAGAGAAGAGCGGGAGGAGAAGUUCAAAUAUGAAGAAUUUAUGCGUGGCCCUCUUUUCGUCGACAAACUCUUGGACAUUGGCGAGGAAACAGACCUCUUAGCAGAGACGAAAGACAUCCGAGAUGAACUGAAUAUGAUAGCCAAGGUUCUGGAGGAUCAACUCCACGUUCUCCCCGACCUACAAGAAGCCAUAUGCGACAUUUACAAGGAUGAGCGAUCAUCUCAGCAAGAGGUCAAAAAGCGGUUUAGGGAUCAGAUGAAGGCCAUCGAGGUGCAUAUAAAUGAUUUGAAUCGUAUGGAUAGGCAGGCUGAACGGAUCUACAACUCAAUUACCGAUAUGCUGGACUUGAAGCAAAAACACGCAAAUGCCUUCGAAGCCCGCUUUGCGAGAGACCAAGCGGCAGGAACUGCCAGGCAAAGCCAAACUAUAAUGGUGUUUACCAUUGUGACGAUUGUGUUCUUGCCCUUGAGCUUCAUUGCUGCAUUUUUCGCUAUCAAUAUUCGCGAAUUCCCACGGCUCGAUGGGAACUCCAGCAUUCCGCUGGCAUAUGUGAGCAAAUACAUGUUUGGAAUUGGAUUAGCUGUGUCCAUCCCUCUAGUUGCAAUUGCCUUGAGCCUGGAUGAUAUCGGCAAUAUGUUCAGACAUCUGCGGAGAUGGAUCAACCGACGUAAAUCGUUACGGGAAAAACCUUUCGAUGAAGGCCCUGGUGAAACUACAUUGGAUAUGUUGCGCUUUGAACAUGCCUUGAGUAUCGCUCGAAGUGCGAGAAAGAGCGUCGAAACCGAUUGGAUAAGGGAGCGACUCUCGCUGUCUGGUAGGCCCACAUCCGCCACGGCUGCCAGAGAGAAGCAGACCGGGUUUAGGAUGAGAGCUAGUGCCGAUGUUGAAAGAGGAGGAGUUCUGAGCUGAAUACCUCCUUCUCGGACUUACCUUCCUGCAUGAAUUGGGAGAGGGUCAUUUCAAUCCGAAUACUGUGCCGCUGCUGUCUUCUGGACAGCACGAGGUGCAACACGGAAGACCUUUCGAGGCCCUAGCAUUGUACCGGAGGCACUGAGACAGAGGCAUUCUCGAUGUAGUCUUCUACCUUCCGCCGUCGUAUAUAUACCCAUAUAUCCAAUCAAAACAUUCAGAUGUCCGAAAAUUCUCCGUACUUCUUCCAAUUCUGCUUGACAUUACUUCGGAGGACCCGGCUGAGUGGCUGAGGAGCAUCAUGGUUAUUUAUCUGUCAAGUUAUUUUCCCAACUUUUACUGCUAAAACAAAAACAUCAUUA